AUGUCCGCCGAUAUCCAACCUGCACCAAGCAACAAUGACGAAAGUAAUGCUGAUAAAAACGCGGAUGAUGGCGAAGGAGGUAUCCAGCAACCAGACCAAAUGCAGAAAACAUUGUUAAACUUGGUAUUUCGAUCUAUGAAAAGAACACAUGAUAUGUUCAGUAAUGACUAUACAGUAUUUCCUGAACUCGCUGAAAAAGAGUUGAAUCUCGUUCGAUCCCUCAAGAAGAGAUGUGAAUACAGUUCUGUGAUACGACACGUUGAAGAGGCUAAAAAACGGCGGGAACAGGAGCUUCUGAAGUUGCCCUCCAGGCCAUUGGCUGUCACCGAUGGAACUGGAAAGCCUGUACAAACUAGCUCCGGCCAAGGGCAAGUUCUUACUACCCUCCCGGUAGGAUCAGGUGGUGGCAAGGCAGAAGACAACACUACUCGAUCACUGCUACCCCUUCGCGCUCCCAUGAUGGUCAAGCCAAAAUGGCAUGCGCCGUGGAAACUCUAUAGAGUGAUCUCAGGACACACGGGAUGGGUGCGAGCUGUGGAUGUAGAACCGCAAAAUCAAUGGUUUGCUAGUGGUGGAGGUGAUCGUAUCAUCAAGAUAUGGGAUUUAGCCACCGGAAAGCUUCGCCUUUCCUUGACUGGACAUAUAAGUGCAGUAAGAGCAGUUAAGAUUUCCACUCGACACCCAUUUCUGUUCUCUGGAGGAGAGGAUAAACAGGUGAAAUGUUGGGAUCUUGAGUACAACAAGGUGAUUCGACAUUAUCAUGGUCAUCUUAGUGCUGUGCAAGCAUUGAGUAUUCACCCGACGCUGGAUAUUCUUUUGAGCUGCUCCAGAGAUUCUACAACUAGGGUCUGGGAUAUGCGUACAAAAGCUCAAGUACACUGUUUGGCAGGGCACACGAAUACGGUCUCCGAUGUCGUAUCUCAAGCUGCUGAUCCUCAGGUGGUAACGUCAUCGCACGAUUCCACGGUUCGUCUUUGGGACUUGGCCGCUGGGCGAUCGAUUUGUACGCUUACGCACCAUAAGAAGUCAGUAAGGUCUCUUGUACUUCACCCACGCCUGUUUAUGUUUGCAUCAGCAUCACCUGAUAAUAUUAAGCAGUGGAAAUUCCCGCAUGGAGAGUUUAUGCAGAAUCUUUCUGGCCAUAAUGCAAUUGUAAACUCUUUGGUUUGUAAUGAAGAUGGUGUUCUUGUAUCUGGUGGUGAUAACGGUUCUAUGUGUUUCUGGGACUGGCGGUCAGGCUUUUGUUUCCAGAGGAUCCAAACAAAGGCGCAGCCAGGAUCCAUUGAUUCUGAAGCGGGUAUCUAUGCUUUGUGCUAUGAUAAGACAGGAUUGCGUCUCAUAACAGCAGAAGCCGACAAAACAAUAAAAAUGUAUAAGGAAGACGAAGAAGCGACAGAGGAAUCUCAUCCCAUCGUCUGGCGGCCUGAAAUCGUCAGGAAGAAAGCCUACUGA